AAGAAAUUAUGACAGAUCAAUAGAAAAGUCAGUGUAGUGAGAAGAAAAGUUUUUUAAGUGUAAAGAGAGGAGUGGGAGUGCGUGUAAUUUUAGUGUUGGAAUUAUUUUUUUGUUUUCACAAAAAAGAACAUUUUACCAUAAAAAAAAACAAUUUAGGACUCCUUGGGUGUCCUCGCAGCAUUACGCCCCCGCCACAAUUAAGAAAGGUAGCGCGCAGAGAGCGUUCCAGUUGCAGACGAUGAGUUUGGCGGGUGCUUUGCAAGUAGUUUAAAACAACAACAAAAAAAGGCAAAAUGGGGGCCGCGAUGGGACGUAGCGGGGGCGUCCUUUUUGACUCGCUGCCCUCAGCCCAGGGUACCUUGCACAUUGUUAUGCUCGGUCUCGACUCCGCUGGGAAGACGACCGCCCUCUAUCGACUCAAAUUUGAUCAGUACCUCAAUACUGUACCCACAAUUGGGUUCAACUGCGAAAAGGUACGAGGAGCUACAGGCAAGGCCAAAGGUGCCACUUUUCUCGUCUGGGAUGUUGGUGGGCAGGAGAAGCUGAGACCACUUUGGCGGAGUUAUACUAGAUGCACAGAUGGUAUCGUAUUUGUGGUGGAUUCCGUUGAUAUGGAACGCAUGGAGGAAGCCAAAAUGGAACUGAUGCGCACAAUAAAGUGCCCAGAUAAUCAAGGUGUUCCUCUACUUGUUUUGGCAAAUAAACAAGAUUUACCAGGUGCGUGUGAACCGCGUGAACUGGAACGAAUGCUGGGACUCCAGGAAGCACCCCCGGAUCCAUCUGCACCCAAAAUGACCUACAUACAGCCCGCGUGCGCCAUUACGGGUGAGGGCCUUCAAGAGGGCUUCGAAGCUCUCUACGAUAUGAUCGUACGCAAGCGAAAGCUCACUCGAACCACCAAAAAGAAGCGCUAGGAUCUUUUCCUCUCCCCCCGAAACGAUCCAAGCAUUUGUUGAGUUGUUUUAUGAGAAAAAAAAAUUGUUUAUUUUGUCCCAAUUUGUCUCCUAUAUAUUUUUUAUUAUUAUACUAUUUUUUGGAUUUUUUAUUAUUAUUAUUAUUAUAUAUUUUAUUGUUUGCAAACACCCAGAGCGUUCCCCACCUUCCUUAUUAUUAUAUAUUUAUCAAGUGGUGUACAUAACUGUCUCGGUGUCUAACAAUUUUUUUUAUGAUUAAGUUAAAAGCCCAAUGUCCUAAUUAAUUGCGUGUAAAUAUGGUUUUUCAUAUGGUAGAUUUCUAUUUGCAAAUAAAUACACUAUUGUACGACACGUAAAAUACAAAAUA